AUGGUUCUUUUUCCAUUUCUUGUCAAUGGAUCGGGGAGAACAGUGUCGUUGAAGAAAGAGAAGAGUUGUAGAAAGGAUGAUGGAAGGAAAGCUGUGGAAGCAUUGGCAAAGGAAGCAAAGAAGAAUGAAUUGUUAUUGAGUUCAUCUGGAAUUGUUAAGUCUGCCAAGGCCAACGAUUUUGCUUGUUUGUUCACUAAGAAGGGCCAGAAAGGAGUGAAUCAAGAUUGCCUUCUUGUUUGGGAGGAAUUUGGUUGCCAAGAAGACAUGACCUUCUGUGGAAUUUUUGAUGGUCAUGGACCUUGGGGAAACUUCGUUGCCAAAAGGGUCAGGAAACUAUUACCUGCUUCUUUGUUAUGCAAUUGGCAGGAAAAUCUGGCUGCAACAUCACUUGACCUAGAUUUUAAGAUGGAAUCAGACAGAAACUUCCAUAAAUUUAACACAUGGAAGCAGUCCUACAUAAAGACUUUUGCUGCCAUUGAUCAUGAUCUGAAGCAGCAUACUGGAAUUGAUUCUUUUCAAAGCGGUACUACAGCUUUGACAAUUAUCAAACAGGCUGAACAUCUCAUUAUAGCAAACGUUGGUGAUUGUAGGGCUGUCUUGGCAACCACUUCAGAGGAUGGUAUAUUGACUCCACUUCAGCUUACCACUGACUUCAAGCCAAGCUUACCAAAGGAGGCAGAGCGCAUAACACAAUCCAAAGGGCGGGUAUUUUGUUUAGAAGAUGAACCAGGAGUGUAUAGGGUGUGGAUGCCAAAUGGUAAGACUCCAGGACUAGCAAUAUCAAGAGCAUUUGGUGACUACUGUGUGAAGGACUUUGGACUAAUCUCUGUGCCAGAUGUGACACAAAGAAAACUUACCACCAGGGAUCAAUUUGUUAUCUUGGCAACAGAUGGGGUAUGGGACGUUAUUUCCAACCAAGAAGCAGUGAAAAUUGUUGCUUCAACACCACAUAAAGAAAAAGCAGCUCAGAGGCUUGUGAAAUGCGCCAUGCAUGAAUGGAAACGUAAGAGAAGAGGCAUUGCUAUUGAUGAUAUAUCAGCUAUUUGCCUCUUUUUUCACUCUCCCUCCACUCAUCAACUCCCUACAACCAAAGUUGUCAAAUAAGAAUGGAGGGUG